AUGAAAUACUGGUUUGCCAGAAAUUCAUACAAAAAGGCACCUAUCCAUGUCGUAAACUAUGAAGAAAUGAUCUUAGAGAAGCUACCGAAGUUUAGUACGCUAGAGCUGUAUUUGUCUGAGGAGUUUCGUGUUCUCAUCAGGAGCACCGAGCGGCCCACUGAGCAGACAAGAAUAGAGUACUUGUCAUUGUUCAGCCAUUCACAUUUCUUUAUUCCUGAAAUAUUCAAGGAUCUAAAAAAGGUGGUUGUAUUGGAUGAUGAUGUGGUUGUUCAGCGCGAUCUGUCUUUCUUGUGGAAACUUGAUAUGGGGGACAAGGUAAAUGGUGCUGUCGAAUUUUGUGGUGUAAGACUGGGUCAAGUGAGAAAUCUCCUGGGUAAGACAAAGUAUGAUCCUAAAUCAUGUGCAUGGAUGUCUGGGGUGAAUGUGAUCAAUUUGGAUAAAUGGAGGAAGCAUAAAGUGACAGAGAAUUACCUGCUGCUCCUUAAACAGGUCAAGAAAAAAGACGAGGUAUCUCUGAGAGAAGCUGCCUUUUCUUUAAGCCUGUUGUCUUUUGAAAAUCUCGUCUACCCUCUUGAUGGGAGGACGACUCUGUCUGGACUUGGAUAUGAUUAUGGAAUCGAUCCGGAGGUUGCACAGAGCUCUGCAGCAUUGCACUACAAUGGCAAUAUGAAGCCUUGGCUUGAGUUAGGCAUACUGGACUACAAGAAAUACUGGAGGAGGUUUCUCACUCGAGAAGAUCGAUUCAUGGAUGAGUGCAAUGUAAAUCCGUAG